CUUCAGUGGAUCUCAAAGUGACAUUCGCUUGCUUCCGGGCGUGGUUACGUUGUCUUCUACACGCGCUCUUGAAAUUACUUUGUUGGUUAUACCUUUAUAGAGUUUGCUUAAAUAUUGCUUGACGUGGCUCUAACAAUGAAGCGACAGGGUGAAAAAGACAGUCCUUCCAGAAAUAAACGCUCGAAAGUACGAAAUGGUAGUCCAACCCGCCGAACUUACAGCCGGCACAGCAGCCCGCAUCACAGAGAUGAUCGGAAUGUUGGGAGGAGAAAUUCGGCUUAUGGGAAGAGCGAAGAUUCAUAUUCACCUUCGCAGAGAUUUACACCACCACCUCAUCGUGAUGAUAGAAGACGAGAAGGAAGAGAACCGAGUCGAGGAAGUUACAAAGUCUUGUUGGUGAAGAAUUUCAGCUCACAGAUAUCUGAUGUCGACAUAGAAGAAAGUCUAUAUUACGAAUACAAAAAAUUUGGAGAUGUUUCUGUCAAGGUUUCUACAGACAACAGAGGAGAUCGUGUGGCUUAUGCAACAUUCAGAUCAUCUGGUAGUGCAAAUGAUGCAAAGAAUGCUAAAGGACAUUUGGUGAUGUAUGACAGACGACUUACUGUUGAAGCGGUGUAUGAGAGACGAGAAAAAAAGACAAGGACUCUUUCACCAUUGCCGGUUCCUGACACUAGAGAACGUGAACCAAACUAUCGCAAAAGAUCACCCUCUUUUCAGUAUGAUGCAGCACCAUCACCUAGAAGGCGAUCUCUGUCUCCGGCUUCUGAAGGAAAAAGUUACAGUGUCCACAACAGUCCUACCAAUACAGAACCAACCGAACCAAACAUCCUUCCUGAGGAUGACCCUUAUGCCACUAGGACACUUUUUUUGGGAAAUUUAGAGGCUGACAUUGGCAGCGGUGAGAUAAGACGCUGUUUUGAAGUUUAUGGCAGAGUCGAAGAUAUAGACAUAAAACGAUCCCAAAGAGGUGUAGCGUAUGCGUUUGUACGAUUUUCCAAUUUGGAUAUGGCAUACAAGGCAAAAGUAGCCAUGCAAGGGAAACCAAUUUUGAAAUUUCCAGUAAAAAUUGGAUAUGGAAAAGUCUUCCAUUCAUCAAAGUUAUGGGUUGGUGGUCUUGGACAUUGGACAUCAUUAAGUGUUUUAGAACGAGAGUUUGACAGAUUUGGUGCAAUACGCAAAAUUGACUAUGAAAAAGGGACUAGCUAUGCUUAUAUUCUUUAUGAAAGCAUUGAUGCAGCGCAAGCAGCAUGCAGCCAAAUGCGUGGUUGUACUUUACAUGGUUCUGACAUUCGUCUGAGAAUUGAUUUUGCGGAUCCUGACCCUGGAAUGCCAGGAUAUGAAGCAUGGUUAGGAAGAAAAAAUUACAGUGAUCGUGACUAUCAUGAUAGAGGUGGUCAUUCGAGAGAUAAAAGGCAUUUUGAUAGAAAUGAUGAUCGUGGGAACUUUUAUCGAAAAGAACGCCCAAGGGAAAGAUUUCAUAAUGACAGGGGUCGACCUUACGAUCGGGGUAACAUGGGUAAUAGAGGGCAAGACGGUGGGCGGAGAUCACCUGAGAGGUAUAACAAACGUUCAAACUCCGACAAAAAGUCCUCACCCAAUCGCGCCUCAGUUGUAGUCAGUGAAACUAAGAACAAAGGCCCACAUGAGUUUGAGCGUCGGUAUAUUCCUGCGCAGAGUGAAGAUGCUGAGCUCAAUUUUAAACAUGAUCAAAUGAAGAUUGCAACAGAUCUUCAUGCAUUAUGCCAAAUACUUAACCCGCCUUGCUGGGAUGGUGCCUUUGUAUUGAAGAAAACUGCUUUUGCUGUGAGAUUUUUCCUACUUGAUGGUGAUGUUGGACUUAUUAACAACAUGAUCACAACAAUAACAGCUCAAGGACUACCUGCAAGAAUUUCUUUUCUACACAUCACUCAAAGACUAAGACAAGACGAAGAUAAACUUCGUGAUGUAAGUCGAAGACUAAAAGAUCCCGACAGUAAAACUUGUUUGCUUUUGGCAGUACCUGGUAUGCCUACAAACGUUAGUAAAGCAGACAGUGGUUCUGUUUUCACACAACAAAGGCCUUUGCGUGGCUUAGUGAAGUACUUCAAAGAUAAGGAUGCUGCCGGGGUUGUUGCAUUCCAUGGACCGAAUCCACAGCCUGAUGCUAAAAAAGAUAAAGUUACAUUGGGGAUGCUGCAUGCUUUCCCACCUGGGCAAUUUGCAAACGAUCAUUUGUUUUCUUUGGCACCUUGCCUCAAUCCAUCCUUAAUUAUUGAAGAAUACAUGGUGAUUGUUGUAGCUAGAGGUUCAUCUGCUUCGUCAUGAUCAAUGCCAACAUAUCAGUUUAGCACAUUGCUACUAUGACGAUUGCAUGUUUGUGUGAAAGGGAAUAUUGUUGGGUUGUUUUCAUUUAUAAUCAACCAAGAUUCAAUUUUACAAUUCCUGUGUACUAGUUUAUUAUUCUGAAUCCAAAUUCUUUUCGUUCUUAAUAACAAGAUAAAAUUACAAUAUUCAAUAAAUUUUUCAGAAAUUUUCCUCAAAUAAAUUCAUUAAAAUUUCUAAUUGUAAUCGCAUGUGUUACAUAAAUGAACUUGCAUGAAUGUUUUUAAUAAUUUGGUUAUAUCUUAUGCCAGACAGAUGCUACCUUGUUUGUUUGCCUUGUUCAUCAUAAAUUUUUUCAAAUCAAGACUAGCUCCAGAGAAUUGUGGUUAAAUAAAAAUUUUGAAACUAGUUUUCACAUUAAUAUACUUUUGUGCGUGGAGAAA